GAAACGUGGGCAAAGCCAAAAGCGAGGCAAAAACCGACAAAUCCACAACAACGGCGGCCCAACAGCGGCACAGCCGCGGUUCAGCGAUAAUCACAAAAUAUUUCUCUGGGCCUCCGAACCCAAAAAGCGCGAAAAAUUUUGUCGGCUCCAAACCAACAAAUAUGCACACAACAAUGGCACAUUCGGAGCUGUCGCUGCUGAGGCUCUGCAGGGAGGAGAAUUUUGGAGCAGAUCUACAGAAGUCCAGGAAAAAAUGCAAUAACAACCAGCAGCGACGGGGACGACGGCGGACCUGGAGGGGGCCAGAUUUGGGGAAGAUCUUUGGAAUUUACGGGUCCAUCAGCCUGGCCGUUUUGGUGUUGACCAUUUGCAUGUCACACACGUCGACUACCGUGACUGCCAUUGAGAACAGCAACAGCAGCGCAUCCUCCACAGUCGUCAUGGUCGCGGUCACGCCGAGCAUCACACCCACAGGAUCGAGCAGCGGAAGCGGCGCCAUCGCCAGCGGCAGCACUAGCAUCACCACCGAAGCGCCCCCAGAACAGCAGCAGCCGCAGGGCCAAUGCCUGCUGGACGGGCUAUGGGUGCCAGAGACGACGGUGCACUGUGAGAAGCAUACAAGCUGCCGCGCCAUCCAGCGGACCGGCCACUGUUGUCCCGAUUAUAAAUGCGAUUGCGAAAAGGAUGGAAAAACUUAUGCCAAUGGUUAUAAAUUGGUGGAUCCGGAUACCCCAUGCACUGUCUGCUACUGCAAAGGCGGCGAAAUCGUUUGCAGCUCAGUGACCUGUUUCCGGCGGGACGACUGCUUGCCCAAAUACGUGCCCGGCCGCUGCUGCCCCGAGUACGACAAUUGUCCGAUUCUGGACAACAAUCCGCCGUUGUCCAGCGAGACGAGCAGCACAACCACGUCCACCCAGAAGCCGGCGGUCAUGGCUCCGUCCGCUGGCUUCAACUGGAACAUUACCAUCAAGGAGAUCACCAAGCCAUCUGAGAUUCGGAUUACCGACGAUAGCAAGGCUAAGCCGGCUGUUCCUACCAGAAAGUCGGUCGGUACAGGUACAGGUACAGUGCUUACCACCGAGGGAGCACUGCCAUCAGCAACAAUGGCGAGUUCCGUUGCGAGUACAACAGCAACACCAACAGCAGCAGCAACACCAACAGCAGCAGCAACAACAACAACAACACAAGCAACAGAAACAUCAACGACAACUGAAGCAAUAUCCGCAAACGCACCAACACCAACACCAACAACUGUCGUGAUAUCCACUGACGCCGCGACAACACCAACGACGUUGAGAGAGUUGGUGCCGCUUAGCCAAGACACAACCCCGAAAGCACUUCCAGGCACUUCCAGCAGCGAGAGCUUAAAGCUUGUUGCCGCCUCGGUGGGUUACAUAGAGCGACCUCAUGCCCAGAAUGGCAACGACGUGGAGCAGAAUAUAAAGCCGCUCGUCAGCUACAAUGCCGAUGGCCUUAUGCCACUCGCCCAAAACGAUCCCAGCAAGGUCAGCUUUAAACGGGAGUUUACCACAGAGAGGGCCACGCCGAGUACCCAAGGAUACGAAGAAUCUGGAGCUGGUCGUGCGGAGUCCGUGUUUAUACAAAAUGGCUUUGGCGAUGCCUUGGCUGAGAUACCCGACGGGGAACUGGAGCCGGACACAGCGGGCAGUGACAACAUCUACCACAUAAUCUCCACCACUGAAGGUCCAAGCUCUGGGAUUAUCGCAAGGACGGAUUCGAACUCACCAAUGCCAGGAACCAUCACCAUCACCGGGAAUAACAGCACCAGCGCCAAACCAGAGACGGAAAUGAGUACGGAGGGCCCCGGUAGUAGCAGUGAGAUGCCUCUCAUAAGCUCCACCCAACACAUGGAUACGGAUGAGGAUGUGCCACAAGUCGAGUCCAAUCCGGCGUACCCCUCGCUGCCAGAAGACGAUUUCAGCUUGCGAGACGUGAACUUUCCCUUGGUUGACCUGGAGGAUGCAGUAGAUUCUUACACCAAGGACGAGCCGAGGAGUAUACCGAGUCCCUUCGAAGCGGUCAACAAACACACUAAAGUGGUGCAAGAGUCAGCUGUGGAUGGCAGUGGAAGCGGAAGUGGCAGUGGGGACAUGGAGACGUAUCCCGAGGGAUCUUCGACACCCGACCACGGUCUGAUGACUGCCCCCUUCAGCAAGGGGAGUAGCUCGAUGGUGCCCCUCCUGAUGUACAGUGCAGAGGACAAUUCUGGGGAAACGCGCAUUCAGAACGCGAGUGAUUUGCUACUGGAGAAUAUUGGCCGCAGGCAGAAAGAGAGUGAGACAAGCGAAGAGCUGGAAACUCUGGGGGGAGUGAUGGGAAGAGGCUCCGGUAGCAGUAGUGGGGAAAUCAAAGAACCCACCACACCGCGAUCCAUUCCAAUCACUGGCUUGGACAUCGACGAGCUGGGCUCCGGUGCAGGCCAGCUACAGACAUCGGGCGGUUUGGAUCCCAAGGCCGAUGCCGAGAGCCUCAAGUUCGACGAGAGCCAAGAGACUAUAGCCAAGACGACCUCAGUAGACAAAGAGUCGGCGCGUGCCGAAAAAAGCUUAGUGGAGCGGGCACUGCCCCUGGGACGGCUCUACCUUCAGCGGAUCUACUGAACAGCACCUAGCGGGGUCUGAACUGAACCGAAAAACAAACCUUUUGUAUAUACGUAUAUUUGUAUAUGCCUAGUAUCUUGGAAACAACGAAAAUCCAACUAUUGAAGUGAUCGAGUGUUAGGUCUAAGUAGUCAGAAAGGGAGUAGGGAGAAAAAGAGUUCUUCUGGAAGCUACAAUAUCCAUAGACUGCAUAAAACGUGUGUAAUGAUAAUGAACAUACACCAUCUGAAUCUAUCAACAUUAAAAACAUAAAACAAUAUCUUACGAUUAGCAAAGCUGGGCUCUCCAAAUGCAAUAAAUUAAUGUCUCUCUAUUGGUUUAGAACUCGAUGCGCAAAGGAAAGCAAUACGAACAGGUAUCGCUAAGAUAUAUGAGUAUCUCUUAUUUAUACGUACAGCCUAAGUGCACAUAAGCAUUCAAUCAUUAGCACCACGCCCACAAUCGAAAUUCAUCGCAUAAGUCGCAAUUUUUAACUUGUUUUAUCUCAUCCUGAAUUUAUUUAAUUUGUAACUUAUUUCUUAACGAAAUUAUGGAAAUGAUUUAAAAACGGAAAGCCGAAUGAUGUGAUUUAUUUGCUCUAAAGGUGAUUUAUUUUAAAAUGCAAAGGCAAAUUAGAUAGUCCUCUUCGAUUUGAAAAGCUUUUAAGUUUAGACUGAAUAUGAAAAGGUUUUAAUUUACAGCAACUUACAUGUACACCUACUUUAACCAUAAUUUAUAUACCCACAGAAUUUAAUUAAUUUAAACUUGGCAUGACAUCUGGAAAUUUUAGAGUUCGUUUCCAACGCUCGCCUGAAUUUAAAAACUAUAAUAAUAAUAACUUUAAACUAACGAGAAAGCAAAGUGUCAAAAUGAUAAUUCAGUCAUUUUUUAUUUAGUCCUACAUAUCUACAUACUUACGUACAUAUACAUUUAAAUAUAACUUAUUUAAGCGAUGAUCCCACACACACACACACACACACACACAGUUUUUUGAGAUACAGUAAACCAUAUUAUAGAAAUACUUUAACUAGUGUAAAUUUAGUUUCAAGUCCGUUUUCAAAUGUAUGAAUUAUACAAAAAAAAUAAACGAGAAAAUAAAUAAUGAU